GGCCGGGCAGGGGGUUCACCUGCGGCCGCGCCUGCUCGGGGCCUGAGGCCUCGAAGACCCCAGCCCAAGCCCCCAGGUUGAUGCUGGCCCAGGAUGGAUCAGACCUGUGAACUAUCUAGAAGAAAUUGUCUGCUGCCCUUUUCCAAUCCAGUGAAUUUAGAUGCCCCUGAAGACAAGGACAGCCCUUUCGGAUGAUCCAGACUCCAGUACCAGUACAUUAGGAAACAUGCUAGAAUUACCUGGAACUUCAUCAUCAUCUACUUCACAGGAAUUGCCAUUUUGUCAACCCAAGAAAAAGUCUACGCCACUGAAGUAUGAAGUUGGAGAUCUCAUCUGGGCAAAAUUCAAGAGACGCCCAUGGUGGCCCUGCAGGAUUUGUUCUGAUCCGUUGAUUAACACACAUUCAAAAAUGAAAGUUUCAAACCGGAGGCCCUAUCGACAGUACUACGUGGAGGCUUUUGGGGACCCUUCAGAGAGAGCCUGGGUGGCUGGAAAAGCAAUCGUCAUGUUCGAAGGCAGACAUCAAUUUGAAGAGCUACCUGUUCUUAGGAGAAGAGGGAAGCAAAAAGAAAAAGGAUAUAGGCACAAGGUUCCUCAGAAAAUUUUGAGUAAAUGGGAAGCCAGUGUUGGUCUUGCUGAACAGUAUGAUGUUCCCAAAGGGUCGAAGAACCGAAGAUGUGUCACCAGUUCAAUCAAGUUGGACAGUGAGGAGGAUAUGCCAUUUGAGGACUGUACAAAUGAUCCUGAAUCAGAACAUGACCUGUUACUUAAUGGCUGCUUGAAAUCUCUGGCUUUUGACUCUGAACAUUCUGCAGAUGAGAAGGAAAAGCCUUGUGCUAAGUCUCGAGCCAGAAAGAGUUCUGAUAAUCCAAAAAGGACUAGUAUGAAAAAGGGCCACAUGCAAUUUGAAGCACAUAAGGAAGAACGAAGGGGAAAGAUUCCAGAGAACCUUGGCCUAAACUUUAUUUCUGGGGAUGUAUCUGAUAAGCAGGCCUCUAAUGAACUUUCCAGGAUAGCAAACAGCCUCACAGGGUCCAACACUGCCCCAGGAAGUUUCCUUUUUUCUUCUUGUGCAAAAAACACAGCAAAGAAAGAAUUUGAGACUUCAAAUUGUGACUCUUUACUGGGCUUGUCUGAGGGUGCCUUGAUCUCUAAACGUUCUGGGGAGAAGAAGAAACUCCAACGAGGUUUGGUGUGUAGUUCAAAAGUGCAGCUCUGUUACAUUGGAGCAGGUGAUGAAGAAAAGCGAAGUGAUUCCAUUAGUAUCUGUACCACUUCUGAUGAUGGAAGCAGUGAUCUGGAUCCCAUAGAUCACAGUUCAGAGUCUGAUAACAGUGUCCUUGAAAUUACAGAUGCUUUUGAUAGAACAGAGAAUAUGUUAUCUGUGCAGAAAAAUGAAAAGGUAAAGUAUACUAGGUAUCCUGCCACAAACACUAAGGUAAAAGCAAAGCAGAAGUCCCUCAUUACUAACUCACAUACAGACCACUUAAUGGAUUGUACUAAGACAGCAGAGCCUGGAACUGAGACAUCUCAGGUUAAUCUCUCUGAUCUUAAAGUAUCUACUAUUGUCCGGAAACCCCAAUCGGAUUUUAGAAAUGAUGGUUUCUCUCCAAAAUUCAACACACCAUCAAGCAUUUCCAGUGAGAACUCACUAAUAAAAGGUGGGUCUACAAAUCAAGCUCUAUUACAUUCAAAAAGCAAACAGCCCAAGAUCCGAAGUAUAAAGUGCAAACAUAAAGAAAAUCCAGUUGUAGUGGAACCUCCAGUUACAAAUGAGGACUGCAGUUUGAAAUGCUGUUCUUCUGAUACCAAAGGCUCUCCUUUGGCCAGCAUUUCCAAAAGUGGGAAAGUGGAUGGGCUAAAACUACUGAGCAACAUGCAUGAGAAAACCAGGGAUUCAAAUGACAUAGAAACAGCAGUGGUGAAACAUGUUCUGUCAGAGUUGAAGGAACUCUCUUAUAGAUCCUUAAGUGAAGAUAUGAGUGACUCUGGAACAUCAAAGCCAUCAAAACCAUUACUUUUUUCUCCUGCCUCUGGUCAGAAUCAUAUACCUAUUGAACCAGACUACAAAUUCAGUACAUUGUUAAUGAUGUUAAAAGAUAUGCAUGAUAGUAAGACCAAGGAGCAACGGUUAAUGACUGCUCAGAACUUGGUCUCUUAUCGGAGUCCUGGUCUUGGGGACUGUUCUACAAGUAGUCCUGUAGGUGCAUCUAAGGUCUUGGUUUCAGGAAGCUCCACUCACAGUUCAGAAAAAAAUGGAGAUGGCACUCAGAACCCAGUCCGUCCUAGCUCUAGUGGGGGUGACUCUGCAGUGUCUGGAGAGUUGUCUGUAUCUGUACCUGGCUUAGUGUCUGACAGAAGAGACGUCCCUGCUUCUGGUAAAAGUCGUUCAAACUGUGUUACUAGGCGCAACUGUGGGCGAUCAAAACCAUCAUCUAAAUUGCGAGAUAGUUUUUCAGCCCAGUUGGGAAAGAACACAUUGAACCGUAAAGCCUUAAAGACAGAGCGCAAAAGAAAACUCAACCGACUUCCAGCUGUAACUCUUGAGGCUGCACUGCAGGGAGACAGAGCAAGUGGAGGUUCAGAGAAUGGUUCCUCAAGAGGUGGGCUAGAAGACCCUGGUAAAGAGGAACCCCUUCAGUUAAUGGGCCAUUUAACAAGUGAAGACAGUGCCCAUUUUUCCAGUGUUCAUUUUGAUAACAAAGUCAACCAGUCUGACUCUGAUAAAAUUCCUGAGAAAGCCCCCUCUUUUGAAAACAGAAAAGGCCCAGAGGUGGAUACUGAAAUGAACAGUGAGAAUGAUGAACCCAAUAGUGUAAAUCAAGCGGUGCCUAAAAAGCGGUGGCAGCGUUUAAACCAAAGGCGCACUAAACCUCGGAAGCGCGCUAACAGAUUUAGGGAGAAAGAAAACUCUGAGGGUGCCUUUGGGGUUUUGCUUCCAGCUGACCCCCUAAAGAAGGGGGAUGAGUUUCCAGAGCAUAGACCCCCUACUUCAGCAAACAUACUAGAGGAUACACUGGCAGAUCCCAAUCAUGCCAGCCGCUUAGAUUCAGUUGGACCACAGUUGAAUAUUUGUGAUAAAUCCAGUGCCAGCAUUGAAGAGAUGGAAAAAGAGCCGGGAAUUCCCAGUUUGACACCCCAGCCUGAACUCCCUGAACCAGCUGUGCGGUCAGAGAAGAAACGCCUUAGGAAGCCAAGCAAGUGGCUUCUGGAAUAUACAGAAGAAUAUGAUCAGAUAUUUGCUCCUAAGAAAAAACAAAAGAAGGUGCAGGAACAGGUGCACAAGGUAAGUUCCCGCUGUGAAGAGGAAAACCUUUUAGCCCGAUGUCGAUCUAGUGCUCAGAACAAGCAGGUGGAUGAGAAUUCUUUGAUUUCAACCAAAGAAGAGCCUCCAGUUCUUGAAAGGGAGGCUCCAUUUUUGGAAGGGCCCUUGGCUCAGUCAGAACUUGGAGGUGGACAUGCUGAGUUGCCACAGCUGACCUUGUCUGUGCCUGUGGCUCCGGAAGUCUCUCCACGGCCUGCCCUUGAGUCUGAGGAAUUGCUAGUUAAAACACCAGGAAAUUAUGAAAGUAAACGUCAGAGAAAACCAACUAAGAAACUUCUUGAAUCCAAUGAUUUAGACCCUGGAUUUAUGCCCAAGAAAGGGGAUCUUGGCCUUUCUAAAAAGUGUUAUGAAGCUGGUCACUUGGAGAAUGACAUUAAUGAAUCACGUGCUGCAUCUCAUUCUAAAGAGUAUGGUGGAGGCACUACCAAGAUAUUUGAUAAACCAAGGAAGCGAAAACGACAGAGGCAUGCUACAGCCAAGGUGCACUGUAAAAAAAUGAAAAAUGACGACUCAUCAAAAGAAACUCCAACCUCAGAGGGAGAACUGAUGACACACAGAACGGCUGCAAGCCCUAAGGAGACUGUUGAGGAGGGUGUAGAGAAUGAUCAUGGGAUGCCGGCAUCUAAAAAGCUGCAGGGCGAACGAGGCGGAGGAGCUGCACUCAAGGAGAAUGUUUGUCAGAACUGUGAGAAACUGGGUGAGCUGCUGUUAUGUGAGGCUCAGUGCUGUGGGGCUUUCCACCUGGAGUGCCUUGGAUUAACUGAGAUGCCAAGAGGAAAAUUUAUCUGCAAUGAAUGUCGCACAGGAAUCCAUACCUGUUUUGUUUGUAAGCAGAGUGGAGAAGAUGUUAAAAGGUGCCUUUUGCCCUUGUGUGGAAAGUUUUACCAUGAAGAAUGUGUCCAGAAGUAUCCACCCACUGUCAUGCAGAACAAGGGCUUCCGGUGCUCCCUCCACAUCUGUAUAACCUGCCAUGCUGCUAAUCCAGCCAGUGUUUCUGCAUCUAAAGGUCGUCUGAUGCGCUGUGUCCGCUGCCCUGUGGCAUACCAUGCCAAUGACUUUUGCCUGGCUGCCGGGUCCAAGAUUCUUGCAUCUAAUAGUAUCAUCUGCCCUAAUCACUUUACACCUAGGCGGGGCUGCCGAAAUCAUGAGCACGUUAAUGUUAGCUGGUGUUUCGUAUGCUCAGAAGGAGGCAGCCUUCUGUGCUGUGAUUCUUGCCCUGCUGCUUUUCAUCGUGAAUGCCUGAACAUUGAUAUCCCUGAAGGAAACUGGUAUUGCAAUGAUUGUAAGGCAGGCAAAAAGCCACAUUACAGGGAAAUUGUCUGGGUAAAAGUUGGACGAUACAGGUGGUGGCCAGCUGAGAUCUGCCAUCCUCGAGCUGUACCUUCCAAUAUCGAUAAGAUGAGACAUGAUGUGGGCGAGUUCCCUGUGCUCUUCUUUGGGUCUAAUGACUAUCUCUGGACACAUCAGGCCCGAGUCUUUCCCUAUAUGGAGGGGGAUGUGAGCAGCAAGGAUAAGAUGGGCAAAGGCGUGGAUGGGACAUAUAAAAAAGCUCUUCAGGAAGCUGCAGCAAGGUUUGAGGAGUUAAAGGCCCAAAAAGAGCUAAGACAGCUGCAGGAAGACCGAAAGAAUGACAAGAAGCCUCCGCCUUACAAACAUAUAAAGGUGAACCGUCCUAUUGGCAGGGUACAGAUCUUCACUGCAGAUUUGUCCGAAAUUCCCCGUUGCAACUGUAAAGCUACUGAUGAUAACCCCUGUGGGAUAGACUCUGAGUGCAUCAAUCGCAUGCUGCUCUAUGAGUGCCACCCCACAGUAUGUCCUGCCGGAGGACGCUGCCAAAACCAGUGCUUCACUAAGCGCCAGUAUCCAGAGGUUGAAAUUUUCCGAACAUUACAGAGGGGCUGGGGUCUCAGGACAAAAACAGAUAUUAAAAAGGGUGAAUUUGUGAAUGAGUAUGUGGGUGAGCUAAUAGAUGAAGAAGAGUGCAGAGCUCGAAUCCGUUAUGCCCAAGAACAUGAUAUCACUAAUUUCUAUAUGCUUACUCUAGACAAAGACCGGAUCAUUGACGCUGGUCCCAAAGGAAACUACGCUCGGUUCAUGAAUCAUUGCUGCCAGCCCAACUGUGAAACACAGAAAUGGUCUGUGAAUGGAGAUACCCGUGUUGGCCUUUUUGCCCUGAGUGACAUUAAAGCAGGCACUGAACUUACCUUCAACUACAACCUGGAAUGUCUUGGGAAUGGAAAGACUGUUUGCAAAUGUGGAGCCCCAAACUGCAGUGGCUUUUUGGGUGUAAGGCCAAAGAAUCAACCCAUUGCCACAGAAGAAAAGUCAAAGAAAUUCAAGAAGAAGCAACAGGGGAAGCGCAGGACCCAGGGUGAAAUCACAAAGGAGAGAGAGGAUGAAUGUUUCAGCUGUGGGGAUGCUGGCCAGCUCGUCUCCUGUAAGAAGCCAGGCUGCCCAAAAGUUUACCACGCUGACUGUCUAAAUCUAACCAAGCGACCAGCAGGGAAAUGGGAGUGUCCUUGGCAUCAAUGUGACAUCUGUGGGAAGGAAGCAGCCUCCUUCUGUGAGAUGUGUCCCAGCUCCUUUUGUAAGCAGCAUCGGGAAGGGAUGCUCUUCAUCUCCAAAUUGGAUGGGCGUUUGUCUUGUACUGAGCAUGACCCCUGUGGGCCCAACCCUCUGGAACCUGGGGAGAUCCGUGAGUAUGUGCCUCCGCCAGUACCGCUGCCUCCAGGCCCAGGCACUCACCUGGCAGAGCAUUCAUCAGGAGUGGCUGCUCAGGGGCCCAAAAUGUUGGAUAAGCUGCCUGCUGACACCAACCAGACACUGUCACUGUCCAAAAAAGCUCUGGCAGGGACUUGUCAGAGGCCACCGCUUCCUGAAAGACCUUCUGACAGAACUGACUCCAGGCCCCAGCCUGUAGAUAGGGUCAGGGACCUUGCUGGGUCGGGGACCAAACCCCAAUCCUUGGUAUCCAGCCAGAAGCCAUUGGACAGGCCACCUGCAGUGGCAGGACCAAGACCCCAACUAUCUGACAAACCCUCUUCAGUGACUGGCGUAAGCUCCUCACCCUCAGUCAGGUCCCAACCACUGGAAAGACCUCUGGGGACAGCUGACCCAAGGCUGGAUAAAUCCAUAGGUGCUGCCAGCCCAAGGCCCCAGUCACUGGAGAAAACCCCAGUCCCUACUGGCCUGAGACUUCCACCGCCAGACAGACUGCUAGUCACCAGCAGUCCCAAACCCCAGACUUCAGACAGGCCCCCAGACAAAUCCCAUGCUUCUUUGUCCCAGAGACUCCCACCUCCUGAAAAAGUACUAUCAGCUGUGGUCCAGACCCUGGUAGCUAAAGAAAAAGCACUGAGGCCCGUGGACCAGAAUACUCAAUCAAAAAAUAGAGCUGCUUUGGUGAUGGAUCUCAUAGACCUAACUCCUCACCAGAAAGAACGGGCUGUUUCACCUCAUGAGGUUACACCACAGGUUGAUGAGAAGAUGCCAGUGUUGGAGUCAAGCUCGUGGACUGCCAGCAAAGGUCUGGGGCAGAUGCCGCGAGCCGUAGAGAGAGGCAGUGUGUCAGAUCCUGUCCUUCAGCCACCGGGUAAAGCAGCAGUCCCUUCGGAGCACUCCUGGCAAGCGGUUAAAUCACUCACCCAGGCCAGACUUCUCUCUCAGCCCCCUGCCAAGGCUUUUUUAUAUGAGCCAACAACUCAGGCCUCAGGAAGAGCACCUGCAGGGCUGGAGCAGACACCAGGGCUUCCCAGCCAAGCACCGGGCCUGGUGAAGCAGGUGAAGCAGAUGGCCGGAGGCCAGCAACUACCUGGACUUGCUGCCAAGAGUGGGCAGUCCUUCAGGCCUCUUGGGAAGGCCCCAUCCUCCCUCUGUACUGAAGAGAAGAAGUUGGCAACUGCAGAGCAGAGUCCCUGGGCCCUGGGAAAGGCUGCACCAGGGCCAGGACUCUGGCCCAUGGUGGCUGGACAGACAAUAUCACCAUCUUGCUGGUCCUCUGGGAGCACACAGACAUUGGCACAGACUUGCUGGUCUCUUGGAAGAGGGCAAGACCCUAAACCAGAGCAAAAUACACUUCCAGCUCUUAACCAGGCUCCUUCCAGUCACAAGUGUGCAGAGUCAGAACAGAAGUAAUAUGAGUAAAUGUCACAUGACCAGACCAGCUGCCCCCAGGGUUCUUGGGGAAGGGAAAUCAUCUUUCUUUUCCCCUCUUAAAAAACAGACCCCACCACUUUUCCACUGUUACUCUUUCCUUAUAUCCCAACACUCAGAACUCUUGUGACAUUAGCCAGUGGGGGCAUGUGGUUGUGUAAACCAUGUAUGGAAAUCCAAGUGGGCCCCAGCCAAGGAGACAGACAGACUUGGGUCUUUUUCCUCCAACCUUUACACAUGGUAACUUGAAAUAAAAAGUCCACUCUGGAGUCAAGCAUGGGAUUCAAUUCCACUGGUCAGGUUGGAAGGUAGAGGGGCUCUCGAAGUUAUUUCUCUAGCCCUACAGAGCCCCACUGAGGGCAUCUGAUGAACACUUGGGAAGAACUGAUAUCAGUGGUGGUUUCUUGAGCAUUCAUAUGUGCUAGGCCAGGUGCUAGUCACUAACAGGAGAUACAAGAGAUAAGACCUGAUCCCUGUGAGCCUAACAUGCCUGCCUGGGUUCUCAGGCUGUUUUCAUGAACCUUUGAUCAGGAAAUAACAGGAAGUUCUGAGGGGCCCUGGGGCUCCAGACUCAUUUUGUAAUGUCCUUUAUGGCCCCAGAAGUGGUUGUGUUGAGUAAGUGUCCCCUGGUUGGGUGUGCGUGUGAUGCACGCACGCUCAUGUGGAGGUCUCUAUUGGUGGGGUUGGGGGGGUGGGGGGGUUGCAUCAAGGCCAAGUGGAGCCGUUGGCUGGGCAGCCGCUACUGCUUCUGUCUGGGCUGUGCAGAGUCUGAAAAUCUGUCCUUGGCAGAGCAGCUGGUUGUGGGGGCUGGGCUCUACAAGGACAUAGCUUUCCCGAAGUAUAAGAAGGCAAUUGGCAAGCUUACCUUUCUUUUCUACCAGUUUUCCUCCUUUUACAUCAGCCCACCCCAUGCCCGCCCCCCAAACACUCAGGUGCUUUCAGAUUUCAGAGUCGGGCAGUGGACAUAGGGAAUCUCUGGCAAGCUCUGGGCUAGAUCUACCACCAGCUCAGGGAGAGUGCCAGAUUCUGAUGGAAAAUUCCUUCUCUUUUGAUCCUUUGCCCUCUUACCUGAAUGGAGGGAGUCCUCUCCUUCACUGGUGGAUUCUACCACCCUAUCCCUGAGAAUUGCUGUGUUCUGUACUGAGAGCACCUGCCUGCUGACUUUGUUCAAAGGCAGGCCAGAGCCCUUCCCCUGUGACUGGCAAGAUGUGGUGUUUAGAGCAAUGUCCAGUCUGAGAGAUGAUUCCUCAUAACUGCUGAUUAUCUGUUACUGCUGCCCUGAGCUGGGGCCCAAGGGCUGGGAAAUCUGUUGGUGCUACCCUGCCCUACCAUUCACCCAGCUCACCAACUGCCAACAGGAAGUGCUGUUUGGCCAGUUCCUUCCCAUUCACUCACCCCUCCUUUGUCCCUAGACCAAACGUGUUUACCUCUCUGCUUUGCCAACUUAGCCAGCAGCUUUAGCCAACAGGCCAUCUCCUGGCCCAGAUGUCUCCUGGCCAUUCUGUUUCAGUUAUGGCUUUUACACCCUCAACAAGAUUCUGUAUUUUGUCCCAAUUUCCUCCUCCUGAGUUCCUACUGAGGUUAUCCACAUCACUUCUAAGGAGGGAACAAUAGUUAUAGAAGCAUUUGCGCUUUAUAUAAAGAUUAAAAGAAGAAUUUGCUUUUAUUUCCCAAAGUCUGUCUCGGGUUGAGACACUUGAACUCAGGCAGAGGUACGAGGCUGGGCAGGGCUGUCCCAAGUCUAGGGGCCUAUCUCUGCAUCCCACUUAGACCUCGAAAUCUCCUCUGUAAAUUCCACCUGCCUAGUUCUCCCCUCUUCAUCCUAUCUCUCUUCCCACAUCAUGAGAGAGGAAAAGCUCUUUGUUCAAAAGGAAAAAACAAAGCAUCUUAUUUUCUUUUUUAAAAAAUUUUAAACCAUGGAAAAGAUAUUUUUAAAGAAAUCCACCCAGAACAUUAAAGUUCAUUAUAUUAAGUAUUUAUCAUGUGUGAGAAUAAUAAGUAUAUAACUGCAGCUAGUAGGUCCCUUUCCCUAAUCUCUUAGGCUGUAUGAGUAGGGUUUGCUUGGUGCCAGUCCUGUGCCCUUUUCUCUCCUGUCAUCUGUAGUUGUGAUCAGAAAAAGAUAUUCGCACUGCACUGUCAGAAUCUCCUUUCACUAUGUUGUGUGUUAAAUUACCGUAGCUCUUUGUUUCAUGAAAUAAACUGUGAAUUUGGGGGGGGGGUGUGUGUGCAGGCUAUGUAAAAAAAUUUAAGUGGAGAAGUUUGAUCCUGAAAUAGCUUCUCUGAAGUAGGCUUUGGUAGGUAAUUGACUUGACAGCCGCUCUAGAUAUGUCUCACAGGACAAGGAGUGAGGGAAAGGUGGGCCAUGAGUGGUUUUGUUUUGGUUCUUUCCAUUCUCCACCAUUUACUGGAAACGUCCUUCCAGACCUGCCUGGGAAAACAACUUUGGAGCUGUGCUUAGUUUGGGGGAGAGGGUGGGGGUGGGGGGGUGGCAGUUCUUUAUCUAGAUGGACAUCCAGGCUUUUGUGAGGGUUACUGAAAGACUCUCAGGUAGAAUGGAAACUAGAAAUUCAGCUGUCAGGCCCACUGAUAGCAGCAUCUGAUACCAGAUUGUUAACAUCAAGAAAGUAUUACCAUACAAUUAGAAGCAGAGUUAGAAGGACUACUGGGAAAUUGAAACUCAUGCAUGAGGGACAAUGGGGAGACAGUUACCCUGCCAGCUCUUGGGGACUCUCCUGGAGCCUUGUACUGAGACCUUUUCUCCAGAGGGUGUGAAUUGGCAGUUGAAAGCUUUUCUCUUAGAAACUCCUGAUCUUUGUGCAAGGAUGGUAUUUGACCAAGUGCCUGGAAAUCAGGAUCUCAAGAGAGAGUGCCUCUAAGCCAGUCCCCAGGAAACGUUUCCAAGGGGGAAGUUAUAGCUUCCAUAGGUAGCUAAAGAACCAAUAUCUCCUAGCCCUGUUCAGUCAGAAGAACUUGAUGGAAACUGUUGAAAUUUGAAUUCAAAGCCUCAUUUGCUUCUCCUGCUGGAGUAAACCCAUUCUAAUAGCAAAAUAACUGUCAUUGCUACAGAAGGAUCCCAGUUUUUAAAUGUCUGCUUCCUCCAAAAGUUACUGAGUUUGAGGUGAUUUAAGUCACUGUGUUGGUCCUCUUAAUUGAACAACUACCAAACCUGCAUCUUUAGCAUUGAUGGAAAUAAUUAUUUUAUCUUCACAUUCUCUACCCCACACUACAGUCAGGGCACGAAGUGCAUCAGCAAUCCUUUCCCAGGCUCAGCAGCAUCUCCUCACUGGAGCUGGACUCCCAGGUCACAUCAUGAGAACAGAAUGGCAGGAAGGAAGUCUGGUCCUGGCAGAUUCCCCUGUGGAAAGGAAUCAGGAAAGCACUAAACGUGGAUGGAUUUUGCCCUCAGCUCCUAUAAAGUGGGUUUUCUCCUAAGGCUUUUUCGGAGGAUAUUGUCAUCCUCUUGCGGUUUUGUCAACCAGGAGGUCAGAGUGGCCCAGUCUCCUCACCUGAGAUCAUGGCAAGAAAGGAGCUACCACAAGCCCCUUUCCCUGCUAGAUAAUGCUUGGGCUGCUUCAUGUGUUAGCCAUUCCAGAUCACUUAGAGCUAGGCAGCUGCUGCAUGGGACUUUCGUUGGCUGUGGCCAGUUAGCUCUCAGCUGAGCUUCCUAGGGCCAGUGCAGCAGGGCCAGCGGUUGCUGUAGUACAAAUUGAAAUAAUAGAUAAUUGCUUUGAACACAAAAAAAUGUAAUGAUGGUGCUAAUUUUCUGGUAUAAAUAAGCACUGCCAAGGGUUGAGGGACUGGUGACUUGAGAAACCCAGGUUCCUGUUUGGGAGGAAGAAAUUUUGUGUAGAGUGGUUUCUUUGAGGCUCAGUUAGAGAAGGAGAAGGCAGAGCCUCAGUGAAGCCUGCACCCGACCCUGGAGUGGGUCAGCAUAAUCCUAGGUGGAAGAGAUGCUAUAUCCAGACGAGGGUGGCCAUUGAGUUUCUCAGGGCUGGUGUCACCUUGUCACCUGGUGUAGCCUCCGUCCACACUGCCUAGAACCCGUUGGUAGAGCGCUCCAGCUGUGGGGUUCUCCUUCUGCCCCUCUCUACCUCUUCCACUCUCAUGGGAGCACCUCAAUUGCUUAUGAAGAUUAAGGGUAAUAUUUCUUAAGGAAGUGGAAAGAGUUUAUUUUAAUUAGAAAUCCACAGCCUGAGAAAUGUUUCCUACCAGCAUAAGCAAAAUCAUGUUAAACUCUUACAUGCUCCCUUCUCUAGAGCUGCUUUCCCAUGACUUUCAAACCAUCAGGCUAUUGAGGGGCUUCAGGUCUAACACCCUGGAAGUCAAGCAAAGCUUUGUGGACAGGAGAUAAGCCCAGGGAGUAGGAGCAGAGAUGAAUGGUUGUGGUGCUUUAGACUUCCAGGGUAGGGGCAGAGAACAGGUGGUCUCCAGGUCCAAGGUGGGUGCUGCCUGUGUGUGCGUGUAGAGACGUGUGUUGGAGAUGGGUGAGUGCAGCACACAGGAGCUCAUGGAAGAGCAGCUUUCUAAGUCUUGGCAAAGAAACAAGCUGACAAUAGAGAUCUAUAUAUUUUUAAGAAAGGGGCAGGGGGGGGUUGUCAGCUGAGGUCCAUCACUGGUCUUUUGCCCCCUCCUCCCCCCAUAGAUUGUCAGCUGUAAGUGAAACUCUUAGUGAAAAAGAGGGGAGCCCUGUAGGAGUCCCCAUAAACAUGUACUGUAAUUCUUUGUAUAUAGAAAAAAAUUACUGUAAAGUAAAGUUUAACUUUACUC